CUACAUCAGACGCACUACGGAGUACUCGAAGGCAGACUGCCUUCUUUACGAAGUGGAUGAGAAAUCCCGACCAUGAGAAGAGGCAGGAGCGUUCUCACAUCUUGUUUUGUUUGGGGAGGUAAUGGGGGCCUUUGUUCGCUUGAUCCUUUCGCGCGCUACCUCACUUCAGCCUCUCAGACACUGUCUCUCUUCAGCGACUCUCCUUGAUUGCAACCUUCCCCGUCAGUCCUGGUUCAUUUCAGACGACCUCAUGAGAUCUCUGCGCCUUCUUCCUCUACCAGAUCGACACUUUUCAUCUUUCCGGCAUCACAACCUCUUAUGGGAGCCCUUUUCCGUCAUUGACACAUCCUCAUCGCUUACCCUUCGCGCUCAUGGACUUCCCAAAUGACCCGGAAUGUGACCCUCGCAGUUGGUCCAUUGACCAAGUCGUCGAGGAACUAUGCUACAACCCAACGCCCAAAUGGUCUCCUAAUGACCAGCCUCAGCUAAUCCCGGAUCGACAACUACUCGAGAACACUCUUCGCCAGAAUCAUGUGGACGGCGAUAAUCUCCUUGCGCUUGAUAUGGGGGUGCUCAGAGAUGAUCUGGGAGUCAUGUCUUUUGGUCAAAGAAGAGCCAUCAUGAAAGCGAUCGAAUACUUUCGACUUCAUUCAAGGAGCUAUCAACAGAUGGCUUUCCAGGCUGAUAGUAUCGCCAGAAUGCAGCCAGGAACCUUUACUCCGCAGCUCUCAAGACAUUCCAUGUUGCCACAGUCUCCUGCGCAUGCCGGCCUUGGACUUGUACCCUCCAUCGAGCCCAGACAACCUACAAAUUCACCCUCCCUGUACUCCAAUAACUUCGGACUUCAACAGCCAACAUUCCCACAAGAUCUCAGUGCAUUCGAAUCCAAGCCUCCGAUUUCUGAGAAGCCGCCAAGUUCGGCUCGCCGACCCUCUGAACUGGCCUCCAUACUACCCACGAAUAGUCAUGACACUGCUGCAGACAAGGAACAGCCGCCUCCCACAGCGGCGGAGCCUGGGUCAAUCCUACCACAACGAUCCAAAAGAGAAUACGUCGUCGUCAAUGGCAAGAAGAGGAUAACACCAACAUUCUUGUCGCCGCUGCAUGAAGGACCUACCGAGACUGGCGACGGUGCCUACCUUUCUCGCACAGCUGUGCCGUUGCAAGAUAUAUUCUACCACAGAAUAUCUACCGGCUUCGGUGAUAUAUUUUAUCGACCUCCAGUAGACGAGUCCAGCGAUUUCUUGAUUGCAGGGCGCUUUUCUACAGGCCAGAGACUAGGUGUCGCCAGUCAUAUGAAACACUUCCUGCGACAAAGUACGGGCAAGCUGUCAAGUGGUGCGGCUUACAAGAUACCUUGCAAAGAUGGCCGAGUCAAUGAGCCAUACUCAGAACAUUAUUUUACGCUAUUCCCGCAGGACAGUGGACGGCCAAGAGUUUUCCGAGCCCAAGACUACCCGGAGAUAAUGGCUAUCCUAAACGCAACCACACGCGCGAGAAAGGGCACGAUUCCUCCUGUCUAUGACGGAACUCGAGACGAGCCGGGCCAGGAAGAAAUAUCUCAAUGGACAGAUCUGGACUAUCUGCUUGAAAAAUAUCCCGUGGAAGCGUCUGAUGAGGUACUUCCUGCGUACGGUGACUCCGGCGACGAAGGGGAAUUUGAUGAGGACACUUGGAGAGAGAUUCAGGAAGAAGAAGCAGAGAAGAUUCGUGAAUCAUCCUACAUGACUCGUGCCGAGGUGGACACCGUUAUUGAUCAGGCUAUCAGGGAAAUGAGACAGGAUUGGCAUGAGACGAAACGUGCCAAAAUCCAGCUGAAAGCGUGGCGUAUGUGGAUGAAAGCUGCACGCAAGAAGGGCCGACAACAAGAGUUGACCUACGUCACACACCAGAAACAGCGGUUUGAGCGAAUGAUGCUGAAGACUACGGAGGCCAUAGCCGACGACAUUUGGCGUAACGCUACUGAAGUCAAAAAACAAUGCCAAAGUGUUGAAGCGGCAGUCCAUCAACAUGAGGAGUAUCAGCAUUACGAAACAGUGUUGAAUCAGGAUACGCCACCAGAACGUCCAAGUGAGCGGGCGUUACGAGCUAGUCGUGGACGUCCAAAGCAAGAUCUUGAGGAAGGAGAAGAGCUCAUCGAAUCGGAAACUGAACCAUUUACUGACGAAGAAGACGACUUGUUGGUGGACGACUCGUCCGACGUUGGAUCUAUUCACCAUGAGCCUGAUAUGGAGGAGUGGAAUCCUGUCAUUCCCUCCAUCACCACGGCUGAUGGUACAGGCGUGAAGUCUGCUCAGAUUACUCCGGCUCCCACUGAAUCAGCCAAGGUGGUACCGACCUUGGAGCUUCGUGAGGUGGACUCAACUCCCGAUCCCCAGGCAAGUGACGCCGAUGUGGAGACCAGCGAAGACGAGAUUAUAUCGCCUGCCCGCAAAAAGCAGACUAAUCACAAGACUAUUUCUCCUAUGAUCCUCAAGAUUCCUCCGAAAACCCCGGCACCCAAGCAUGUUCUUUCCAUCCCUGCUGAUCCCAAUCAGGCCACUGCGGCGGGUUCUGAGUCUGAUUCUGAAAGUUCGGAUUUCGACCGAGCUCCACGUCUUCCGAAUACCAAAUACCGGGGUCGUGGGCGUACGAAGCUGGAGCCCGUGGACUUAACAUUCUCAAGCCCUACAAACGAGUCAGCUCCAAGUGUUAUCGAAGAUAGUACAGACUUCUCUGUGCAUACCCCAGAACUCAAUCCGGCCCCCAAGAUCAGUCCUGGCCUGUCCAAGCGAAAAAGAGAGCAUGACGAUGACUCUGGCUUGCCGCCAUAUGCUGAUGUGGAGGGCAUGCGGGACGAGGUUGAGUGGUCCGACCUUGAGAAAAUGAUCGAUAAUUGCGUUCCCGAUAAACGUCGAGCACUCGCAAAAGCGGUUUAUGAACUCGAGCCGGAUACGGUCAUCGAUCUGGACCGCUAUCUGAAGUCCUUGGCCCCUCGUAACCGCAAAGACAUUUUAGUCAGCGGUUUGCUUGCGUUGAGCGACGAUGAGUGCCAGAUUGAUGGCGUCAAACCCAAACAUCUGCGAAGCGCUCAUCUUUUGGUGCUUCUUUAUAUCACCUUUGUUUGUGGUCAGAACAUGGUCGAUAGGGCAAAUCUGACGGAUAGGUGCCGUGAUGAUGCUUACGCUGACAUCGACAAAGCGCUGAGACCAUUCUUUGAUCUCCUGGAUGAGCUCAUACAUCGUUUCAAAAAGUAUGAGCAGCAAUCAAGCUCACUGCCAAGCGUAAAGAAGAAAAAGAGAGACCAGGACAACGUCAACGUGGGUGUUCUAGAUGAUGCUGAUUUACAAAUGACCGAUGUGUCAACCGAUUUUCUGGCUCCUGAAGAACCACCAUCUACCCACAAGAAACGGAAACGCAUGGUUGAGGAAAGUCAAGAAGCCAAAUCUUUACAAAUGAGCGACAAACUCCGCAUCCAGGAACAAGAGGAGCGCCGAAAGAAGAUGGCAAAGAAAUUCGCACAGAUGACGGCAGAGGGAACAACGAUAACAGAGCCUGUCAACACAACCGAGCCCUAUGUCUACCUCCAUCCUCACAUCGCCCAGCGCGUAAAGCCGCAUCAACUGAACGGCAUCCAAUUCAUGUGGCGGGAGAUCAUUGAAGACCCAAAACAUCAAGGUUGCAUACUGGCACAUACCAUGGGGCUCGGGAAAACCAUGCAGGUGGUGUCUCUUCUCGUGACAAUCGCUCUUUGCAAUCAAAGUGAAGACGUCAGUAUCAGAAAUCAGAUCCCAUCUCACCUCAAAAAGAGCAAGACCCUCAUUCUUUGCCCUGCUUCCUUGGUGGAAAAUUGGUAUGAUGAAUUGUUGAUGUGGACGCCCGACGUAAGCGUUCUAGGUACCAUCUACAAGCACGACAAACCAGAUCCGAAUAUGGUUGCUGAAUGGUCGCGAACUGGUGGUGUUCUGCUUACGGGCUACGAACGAUUCAGAGGUGCCAUCGAUAAGAGUAAGAAAGCGAAAAAGCAGGGCAAUGUUCAAGUGGAUAUCGAGAAGAUUUUGCUGGAAGUGCCGAAUCUUGUCAUUGCAGACGAAGCCCACAGACUCAAGAAUGCUUCCUCGGGCAUCCACAAAGUUGCAAAACAAUUAAAGACGACAAGUCGCAUCGCUCUUACCGGGUCGCCCUUGAACAAUCAUCUCGAAGAGUAUCACGCCAUGGUGGACUGGAUAGCCCCAAACUAUCUCGGGGAUAUUGUCCAGUUCAAGGCAAAAUAUUCUGAACCAAUCGUUGAUGGUUUAUAUGCUGACAGCACUGCAUUUGAGAGACGUGUGUCUCUUCGCAAACUGCAUGUCCUGAAACGAGAUCUCGACCCAAAAAUCACGCGAGCUGACAUUUCGGCAAUUGCCAAAGAUAUGCCUCCAAAGACUGAAUUCUUCAUCACUCUGCCCCUUACCGAUAUUCAGAGACAGGCGUACAACAUAUAUGUCAAGUACAUGCUGGAAACGAUGCGGGGUCAGAAGGACAAAAGUUCACGGACUGCCAACAUCUGGGCUUGGAUAGCUAUGCUGUCAUGGCUGUGUCACCAUCCAUCCUGCUUUCUGUCCAAAAUGCAGGAGCGUGCAGAGCGUGAGCGGGAACAGCGAGCAGAGCAAGGACGUGUUGACAAUCAAACAAGCGCCGACGAGGCGCGCGCUAGUAAUGAACACAGUGAUCCAACCACGCCUGACAAUCCUGAGGCAGACCAUGAUUUCGACAUUAGUGGUCCUAUGGAGGAGGCAUUACAAGAAGUCAAGGAGAUCUUCAAGGAUCUGGAUCAACCGACACUAAUGGAUGAUCCUUCUCUAUCCUACCGCACCCAGGCAGUUAAGGAAAUUGUGAGACAGACCAUGGCAGUCGGCGACAAGACACUUAUCUUCUCGCACAGCAUUCCAACGCUGAACUACUUGGAGAGGAUGUUGGAGAAUAUGAACUGCUCCUACUGUCGACUAGACGGGAAGACGAAGAUGUCUGUCCGACAAGCUGCCACCAAGAAGUUCAACCAAUACAGUGGUUACCAAGUCUUCCUUAUUUCGAUGAGGGCUGGAGGCUUGGGACUGAACCUUCAGGGGGCGAACCGCGUUAUCAUUUUCGACUUCAGCUUCAACCCCUCUCAUGAAGAGCAAGCGAUCGGAAGAGCUUACCGGCUAAAUCAAAAGACUCCUGUCUUCGUGUACCGAUUCCAAGCCGGGGGAACUUUUGAGGAUGUCCUGUUCAAUACAGCUAUCUUCAAGACGCAACUCUUCGGGCGUGUUGUGGAUAAGAAGAGGCCUACUAGACACGCAACGAAAAAUAUGGCAGAAUAUCUUUUCCCUGCCAAAGACGUGCCGCUGCAAGACUUCAAAGAAUGUCUUGGAAAAGACCCAGAAGUCCUUGAUUCUAUCAUCGACGAGCUGGAUUUUAUCCGCGGUAUCGUGCUGACCGAGACGUUCCAAAAAGAAGAGGACGAGCAGUUGAAUGAAGAAGAGCAGAAAAAGGCCGAAGAGGAGUACCGAGAUGAGCAGUUACUGCGAGACAAUCCUGCUGCAUAUUACGCGAAAAAGGCGGCAGAGCAAGCACAACUGCUGCGCAAGCAACCGCAACCCAUGUACCCUCAUUCCGGAGGAUACCCGCUUCCCAACCAGCUACCUUCUUCCACGGCACCUGUGUAUGCUGCAAAUUCUACAUCCCGACCUCAAUCCGGGGCAGCGCGUUUUCCGGCCAAUCGAGAGGAUUUGGAUCGCCCACCAGCGACUCAGCAACCACCAAGUGCUCCGAAAGGAGUUUCUUGGGCUUAUGAUGACACAUUUCGAGAUAUUUUACAACAGCCUGAUACUGGUGCUGGAGCGCACAGCGUUGAUGACGGCGAUGUGCACAUGAACGGGGCUGAGUAGUAUUCCGCUCUGGCCGCACAGCAUCAGCGUCAAUCGCGAUGAAGCUCACGGGGUUGAGAGCAUAUGGCUGAGGUGAUGCACGGGGACGGUCUCCAGCCUAGAAGAUCCCCUGGGUUUCCACUUUUCUUUUGUCAUUGAGGCUUUUUUUAUCGAAGCAGAGAUACCCCAUUCAAGCAAGUUUUUCAUGAGUUAAAGAGACAGAAAAGGAGGGCAAGAAAUGAUAUGACCUGUGUGAACAGCUGAGAUUGCGGGCUGAUUGGCUUGUGCUCGUGCUCGUGGAGAUACAGUGAGCCAUGAUGAUGUACAUAUUCAGACAGCACGAUCAUACGCUCACACCUUUACGCAGGCUCUCCACGGUUCAUCCUGGG